AUGAAUAUCAGGAGCCAGAGGUCUGUGUUGGCAAAAGCAGACACCUGACAGACUGAGAGUGUGUGUAUCAGAGCUGUGUGUGUCCCCGUGAGAACGGUUUUUGUUAACUGUUUGGUUGUGGAUCCAGAUUGAAACUUUCCUUCUGCUCGACCCGCUGGUACGCUGAAGGUCUCUGUGGGCGCAGGAAUUUCAGGUCACAAGGUCUCCGGUGGCGCGGUGCAGUCAGGUCUGAGACCGGGGUAAGCUGCGCAGAACCGGGGAUCAGACGGGCUGGACUGUACCGGGCUGGGAGUGUGUUCAGUGACUGGCUGAAGACGGCCCGAUAGGAUGGGACUGAGCUUGGAAGAAGCUGGAUUGGUGCCGGUCUGAGGAAAGGCUGAAACCAGGACGGUGUUUAUCCGAUCCUCCCUGUCCUCCACACAGUAACAGCAUGAGAGAGCUGCGCUCUGCGAGGGAAACCACGCGCUGAGUCGGAGAGGACAUACACAAACCACAGCGACAACCCACAGUUUUCAGGCGGGGCUUCUUCAACAUUUUGGGGAAUCCUCGGAGGUCGUCCCCCCCCGUCAACCCCCCGGCGAUGGCGUCGUCUGUGGAUUGCGUGUUGUUGCUGGUGGCCGCCCUGCUGGGGUCGUACCAUGCGGCUGUGGAAGGGGGGUGUGCCAGUAAGUGCUGCAGGGGUUCGGACAACUCUUGCACGACAACAGACUGGAGAGCGGACCGCGUGUACGGAACCUGCUACUGUGACGAGGUCUGCGUCAGGACCUUGGACUGUUGCCAUGACUACCCGACCGCGUGCCCAGCCCAGGCAUGUCUGGUGACCCAGUGGAGUCACUGGAGUGGUUGUGCCCAGUCCUGCCAACCAUCCAAGCGGGUCAGGCGGCGUCACAUUGAGCGGGAGUCAAGCAACAGCGGACAGCCGUGUCCCAGCCUGGAGGAGCUGGCUGGAUGCAUGGAAUACCGCUCCCACCAGACAGAGCACUGCGCUCCAAACACAGGGCCGGCCUUCAUCACCACCAUGGAGUUUGGAAAAGGGAGGAUUCGCCAUGAUGUCUAUGGGCUGCCUCUGGACGUGGGGUUCUGUAUGGAGUUUAGGAUGGAGUCCCUGACCGCCCAGUGUGGGGCGGAGGACCGGCCACACACCCGCUGGAUGCGCUACCUCAGGGAGGGGCACUCAGUGUGUGUGGCCUGCCAGCCCCCCGCCAUGCGGAACCAUAGUGCCAGCUGCCAGGGGGAUGGACAGGAAUCCAACAGCGAGGAGCUGCUCCAUUGGCAGGCGGUGGGGAACUCCCAAUGUCGAGGGACGUGGAAGAAGGUCCAGAGAAGAUCACGCUGCUCCUGCCCCCAGGUCCACAGCUUCCUCUUCAUCUGACCACAGGACUGGGUCCGAAUGGGGCCCGGGUCAAAGCACCUCUGACCAGGCCCAUGUAUCAGAGGCACAGCCGGGUUUGUUCAGUAGUUCCUAGCGCUAGAGCCCAUAGAGUCCAGAGGCCAUAUUCACAAAAGUAGCUAAAAGUAGCUCCUAACGAGCUGAUUUAGGAGUAACUCUUAAAAUAAAUGGGUGUGUCAGUCCUAAGUUUAGGACUCCGAUAUUUUUGGUCUAUCCUACAGGCUGCUGCCGGCAUUCUGCCUCAUAAUCCAGUCAACAAUUUAGAAACACUUAAUGACACCAAGCUUUAAACAAGGUAUCGACUUAAUCGGGAGGGUUUUAUGAUCAUAGUAGAGCUAGUCAGGGAUGCGGUCACUUCACCAACAAACAGAAACAACCUAAUAACAUCGAGAUCAAGGUUGUGACAACUCUACGCUAGGGAAAAUGCAGUGUAGAAGAACUACGUGUAUCUCAGUCAUCUGUCAGUAGAAUAUUAAAUAAAACAAUAAAUGCCCUGCCCAGACACCAUAUCGUGCAACAAAUAAUUUGGUUUCCUCAUGAUCUUCACCAACUACAAAGAAACAAAGUCAACUUUAUGGCCAUAGUUCGAACAGCCGGUUUAGUUGGUGCUACAGAUACACAUAACAGAAAUUACUGCACCAUCAAAAGAUGAACACGCAUUCCUUUACGAGCUGCCAGACAUGUAAGAGGCUGACAAUUAGCUGAACAUAUCUUGACUAGUCAGCAUAUCAUUUUCGGUUUCAUGUUUCAUCAGUGACACCUACAUUUUCAUUUGAAUAUCUUUAUUUUGCCAAAAUGGCAACAUGACAGAUCCUUCUACAGUAUUGCUAUGAUGAAGUCACUGACAGAGACCCCUCCCCUAUCAGCCAAUCUCUGCGGGCAUGGUAAGUAAGCUUGUUCGUGGAACACGACAUCAUCCAUAGCAACAGGGUCAACGCCGCCUUUUCUGUUAGCUUAAGACUUCUCCCAAUUCCUUAGUAAAAGUUGGUCUUAGAAGAUCUGUGAAUAAGUUGGUCUCACUCCUCCUAGUGGUAAGAUAACAUGUUUUGUGAAUACGGCCCCUGGGCUAAAGUGCAAGUAGGGAACGAGGUGGAAGCCAUACUCUCGGACAACCACAUUAACGCCAAAUCAAAGUUAACUAACUUAAUUUAUCAGAAUCACAAUGAAAACAACCUUGUAAGAACACUUGAGAAUUAAACAAGAAUUAAAGAGAUUUCCACUUUUCUAUUCACAAUGUUACUAAAAAAACGCUGUAAAAUAAAUGAAAUCAAAUGUC